GACAGUGCGCCUUGUAGAUCACUCGGCCCUUCUGUCUGCUGGUCAUGGCAGGGAGAAGCAUGCUACUGUGUUUGAUAUUUUUCUGAUUAGAUAUUCACUUAUAUUUAACACCCUAUCAACAACAAUGGAAGUAGCUGAGACGCCGGAGGAACUCGUAAGCAAACAACAUCGGAAAGAGAAAAAGGAUUUGCAGGCCAAAAUUCAAAGCAUGAAAAAUGCUGUCCCCAAAAACGAUAAAAAGAGGAGAAAGCAACUUGUAGAAGACAUUGCCAAGCUGGAGGCUGAACUCAAUCAAAAACAUGAGGAAGAACUUAAGCAGCUAAACGAUAACCAAGAUGGAGAUAAGGUUGACACCAUCGAAAAUGGGGUAGAGAAACUGGAUUUGGACGUUGAAGAACCGAAAGAAACCAAGCAAAGUCGUACUUCCAAGGCUCAGAAGAGGCGGGAUAAGAAGGCAGCCCUUGAGAAGGAGAGGGAGAGCAGGAUUGCUGAGGCUGAGGUCAUGAACCUGUCGGGCUUCAGGCACCAGGAGAAGCUGAAGGUGUCCGAGAAGUUGGCCGAGCGGCAGCUGCAAAUCAGGGAGAUCUCCUCGGACGGGCACUGCAUGUACCGCGCCGUGGAGGACCAGCUGGGGGCGCGCGGGCACGCCCUGGACCUGGCGCAGCUCCGCACCCUGACCGCCCAGCACAUGAGGAGCCACGCCGACGACUUCCUGCCCUUCCUCACCAACCCCAACACUGGGGACAUGUACACCGCAGGUGAAUUUGAGAAGUACUGCAGCGAUGUGGAGAGCACUGCUGCCUGGGGUGGACAGCUGGAGUUGCGGGCUCUGACUCAGGUCCUCCAGAUGCCCAUUGAAGUCAUCCAGGCCGACUCUCCCACAAUAGUGAUUGGGGAAGAGUACAAGGGCGCACCAGUCACGCUUAUAUACAUGCAUCAUGCGUAUGGACUGGGAGAGCACUACAACUCUGUGGAGCCUUUGAAAGAAGCGCCUAAGGAAGAGGAGAGCUGAAAUUAUCAUUCAAAGGAUGCUAACCCCCCAUAUCAUUUUAAGGAUUCUGUAGGAUGUAACUAGACGUGUCUCUCAAGACAUUCUUGGGAUGCGAGAGAGGAAUGAAGUGACUGUUGGAUCAUGCUUUAGCCUAAAACGUCAGAGACGGCGAAUACAGCAGUGUGCUGUUGAAAUGAACCAUAGAGAGGGUUCAGUAGUGGGUUAAGUGUGUCCGUUCUUGUCAGAGAAUAGUCACGUCGUGGAAGUGUGUAAUUCAGUGUAGUUUCAGUUGUGUGCCAUUUUAUUCUUUGGUAUAUUCUGAAACGGGUAGUGGACUAUGUGUAUGCUUAUGACAACAUUGCAUCUUGCAAUUAAAGUCAUAAAGGACACCGCUUAUUUAAGUUUUACUUGAGUUAAUUGCACCUUCCUGCGGGAAAGAAGAACCUAUACCGUAAAGCUGAGUGUAGAAACUGCAGGACAUGGGCAAUGCCCAAAGACAGAGGCUGUGCCUGAGGGAAUUUCAUCAUGUACCAUUUAUAAUUAGACUGCUGCUUUGUAGCUUCUGUGAUCAUUAAGAACCAAUGUGAUUCUGUCUACUGCGGAAGCACAGUGCUAUAAUCACAGGUAUCUCACUUUAUAGCUGAUUAGAUUGGGAGACGCAGUUCUUCGAUAUCAAUGUUACAGGAUAGAACACCAAACUAUAUUGGCACUUUUCAUAUACUCACAAACAUUCAAAAUACUGGAUUAAGUGGCAUACCUUUUCUGACUCAAUAAAAUACAAUCUCCACUGUUGAA